UAACUUUACAAAACACCAGCCUGAUUUUAUGAAUAUCAUUUCCAAGAUUAGAUAGAUAGAUUUAUAUAAAAAAAUUAAUUAUGUUUGCUUAUACGUUCCGAUUGAUAUGUGAUACGUGAUAUAUGGUGAUACACGAAUUAUGAUAUAUUUUAAGAUAUUCCACAAGCACAAAAACAAAGGAUAAUAAAAGAUCGAAAGAUUUCCGAUUUUUAUAGUUGAAAUAGGGGCAUGCGAAUAAUCAGACCUGUAAUUCCAAUAAAAAUGGAGAGAUCUAAUAAGAAAUUUUUAGUUAUCUUAAUUGUCGGUACAAUAAUCACACUUCUUGGCAUAAUCACAGGAUCACUUUGGACUACUUACAUAUAUGAUUGGGCUAUCAUAAAGAUAUUAACAUUAACACCGACAUCUAUGAGUUACGAUAUGUGGAAAGAAACACCUAUACCAAUGUAUUUUAAAUUUUAUAUGUUCAACUGGACAAAUCCACAUGAAUUUCAUGCAUCAGCAAGUGCAAAACCACAUUUUGAAGAAAUGGGGCCUUAUGUUUUCCGAGAAAUUGAUUAUAAAGUAAAUCAAGUAUGGAAUGACAAUGGGACUGUCACAUUUCAAAGAAAGAAAGUAUGGUUCUUUGAAGAAUCAUUGUCCAAUGGGAGUCUGACUGAUAAAAUAACCAACUUAAAUCCGAUAGUUGCAACAGUCGCAUUUUCCGUAAAACGUAAAUCUCCAUUCAUACGUAAGUUGACCAACGGAUUUAUGGUGCGUCUAGGAGAAAAACUAGUAUUAACUAAAAGUGUAAAUGAGCUAUUAUUCGAAGGAUAUAAUGAUACAUUAUUGGAAAUUGCAAAAAAGAUGAAUGCUACUGCAUUACCUUAUACAAAGUUUGGAUGGUUUUAUGCGAGAAAUGGCUCGGAGAGUUAUGAUGGCACAUUCAAUAUGCUCACUGGAUCAACAAAUUUAUAUGAUAUGGGAUUGGUCAAAGAAUGGAAUUUCAAGAAUAGAACAGAUUAUUACGAGGGUUCAUGCGGUAUAAUAAACGGAACAAAUGGCGAUUUUUGGCCACCCUUAUCAAAUAAUAAUACCGUAUCUCUCUUUGUUCCUGAUAUUUGCACAUCUUUGAAGUUAUCAUAUGCAAGUACAACGACAUUUCAAAGUCUAACCGGAAGUAAAUAUAUCGGAGAUGAUAAAAUGUUAGAUAAUGGCAAAAAUGUAUCAUCAAGACAGUGUUAUUGUCCCAAUGGAGAUUGUGGACCUAGCGGAGCCUUAAAUAUUUCAUCCUGUAAAUAUGGAGCGCCGGCAUUCGUUAGUAUGCCACAUUUUUAUCUAGCAGAUCCAACUUACAGAAAUGCUAUAACAGGAAUGUCGCCUGAUAGAGAAAAACACGAAAUAUCAAUGGUCAUAGAACCGACUACAGGUAUCCCGUUGCAAGUUAAGGCGCAACUGCAACUAAAUUUAUUAAUAGAACCAGUGGAAUACAUGAGUAUGUUUGAAAAUAUAAAUAAGACGUACAUUCCGAUGCUAUGGUUUACUCAAGAGGCUAAUCUAACUGCCAGUUAUGCAAGUCAAGUUGAGCUACUUUUGACUUUUCCAUCAUUGGGUACUGUAACGUGCUUUGGAGUAGCAGGUAUUGGCGUUUUAAUAUUCUUCAUUGGACUUUUUAUUUACAUCCGACAAAAGUGGCGGGGCGAAGAUAAUCAGGUGUUAUUAUCAAAAUAUGAUGGCGAUAUUAGGAAUAGAAGCGACGUGUAGUAAUUGCUUUCUCUUGUGCCAUUGAUAUAGUGAUAGAAAGUUUUUACUUCCUUUUUAAUUAAAUUCUUUGCUUUACUUCCUUUACAAUUACAUUCAAGCUCCCUUUCUCAAUUUUGAAAAUUAUCAUAGAGCAGAGAUAAGACUGUGUAUCAAUGUCUUAUAAAUAUAUUUGAAGAAAGAAAUGUACUGUAAGAGUAUAAAAGUGCCUACUUUAAUUAUUAGUAUAGCAAUGGAUCCAAUAAGUAAUCAAUAAUAGAUGUAGUUCAAGAAAUCAAUAUUAUAUGUAAAUACUAAACUAAAAAAAUGAUUUAUUUCUACAAUUGUCAAAAUAUAAAACAAAUAUAACUUUUAUUCAAAUGUUAAAAAUUGUGAUAUAAUAUAUUUGUGUAGCAAAACAAUCUUCAAACACAUUAAACCAUCAUCUUUUUGAUGCAAUGUGUAUAAGUAAUAUGUUAAAAUGCAAUAAAAGAAAAUUCAAUAAUAUUAUCACUUUAUUAAAUAUAUAUAGCUAUAUAUUAUGGAAAAAUAAAUGAGAACCAUAUAUAUAUUAUAUAUAUUAUAAGUAGUAACAAUAUAUUUCUGGAUAAAAAAAUUGUUAGUUUAUUUUAUGCAAGAUUAUCCUACUCUCUUUAAAGCUUAUUAAAUUGCAAUAAGAAUAUAUAUUUUUUAUGAAUUAUAUAUAAUAAAUACAGCUUAAAAUGAUGGCAUAUUUGUAACUAUAUCAGUAAAAAGUAGAAUAAGAGAAUAAUUCUUGCAAUUAUAUAUUGCUAUUAUAUCAAAUCUUAAGAAAUGAUUUUUGAAUUUCGGAAUUAACUAAUUCCAAAAUUUAAAUUCCGAAUUAACAAUAGUUUUUUGUUUAAUUAUGUACAUAAAAUACUAAAAGGAGAUGUUACAAUCAUGUAUUUAAAGACUAUUAGAGACCGAUAAUGAGCGUUAUGUGAUUUUGGGUCUAGUCUUCUUAUCAAUCAUUCAUGAUUGUAGUCUCUUCUUGCAAGAUAGUUAUGACUUAUAUUAAAAUGGAUAAAUUAUUACUCUCUAUAUAUUAUUAUCUCUCAGAUUGUUCGAUUUAUUACACUCGUAUAGUAAACGUAUAAUAUAUAUGCAAUAAAUGCAGGACUAAUGGAAAUCAUAUAUAACGAGAAUUUUUGUUGUACAUGCAGCGAUUUUUAUUAAUCGCCAAUAAUUUUAUAAUUUCGCGGAUUAUUUUAGCUAUCUCUUUUUGCUGAUCACACAUAUAACAACUAAGUUGCGGCAAAAUUAGGUAUUGUCAUCAAAUUUAAAAAGUUUAGACAAUACAUUAAGAUGUAUUAUGCAAAAUUAUUAAAAUAAUCUGUUUAAAUGAAAGCUCUAAAAAUUCGACUUAUAAAUACAGAUUUAUUCGUGUAUAUAUAUAAUAACAGACGUUAUGGUAUCUUUUAUGAUAUUAUUUCUGCAGUUUCAGAUAUAAAAUAAAAUUCGCAAUAAAAUAUAUUAUACUCUUAUGUAAUCGAACUUUAAUACUUGUAAUUCUAAAUAUCUGUGAUAUUCAAUGGAAGAAUAUGUGUGUGCACGAAAAUAUGAAAAAUAUAAAACUGUUUUA